AUGGCAAGAGUUAGCAACGGUUUACAAAUUCCCUUAUCAUGGAUUCCAGCCAAAGAUGGUAUACUUCCAAAGAAUGCUGUUAAAGCAGAUGAAGCAAUUUAUGUGGCUCGUUGUCAAAUCGAUAAUGAUUUAAUUUGUGGCAAAUUUUCAGAGAAAUAUGGAAAAGCAUAUAUUCCACUUGACGGUAAAGAGUUGGAAUUCACAAACUAUGAAGUAUUAUGUAAUACUGGUAUUCCUGGUUGUCGAGUAGGAUAUGAAUGGAUAAUGAUGAAUGGAGGUGAUGUACCAGAAAAUGCGUUAGUUGCUGGAAUAAAUAAAUUCGGUACACCAUUGUACAUUGUAAAAGCAGUAAUUGAAGGUGAAGUAUCUGUUGGGAAAUUAAUUCAAGGUGAAAGCUCGGGAUGUUUUCCAUGGGGUGGAGAUGAGCGUAAAUGUGAAUAUUAUGAAGUACUUACUUUGAAAUAUUGA